AUGAAUCAUUCGAUGAUGAACCAUUCCAUGAUGGACCACAGUCAUCAUAUGGCACAUGAUCCUAAGUCUUCCAUGGAACUUCCAGUUCAUAAUCCUCCGAUGGAUCACACUGGUCACAUGCACGAAGAUGCAGCACCAAAUAUGGAGCACGACCAUAGGAGUGGUUCAGUGGAUCACAUGAUGAUGUCAAUGGUGUUUCAUGGCGGUUGCACAGAAACCAUUCUAUUCUCCUGGUGGAAAACGAGUACCGUAGCCGGCCUGAUAGGAUCAAUGAUUGCGAUCUUCAUCACUGCUGCUUUAUAUGAAUCCCUGAAGUACUAUCGAGAAAACUUAUUUUGGAGGACACAUAAUUCAUUACAAUACAGAGCAGUCGCACAUGAAGCAGGAGGAGGUAAACGUGGGGCUGCUGCAUCCAGUGCAACGGGUAGUGGUGGACAAGCGGCUGGAGAAGACGGACGAAUAGUGCACAUGGUCGGCGAAGUUAUACAUAAGCAGCCGCAACACAUGUUGAGUUGGAUGAACGUCCUACAAACGAUCCUGCAUGCGGUCCAGGUAACAGUGUCCUUUCUCCUUAUGUUGGUGUUCAUGACGUACAAUUACUGGUUAUGUCUGGCCGUGGUCGCCGGGGCUUCGACUGGUUACUUCCUGUUCGGUUGGAAGAAAUCUGUAAUAGUUGAUGUAACAGAACACUGUCACUGAGUGUAUGGGGUAU